GUUUACAUUCGCAUUCUUCAGGUCUAAUUUCCCAACAUAAAAUUUAUUCGUGAAAAUACCUGUUAGUUUUGCUAUGUAGUGCUGUUGUAAUCUUAAAGAUAGUCAGUCUACUUGCGAUAGUGCGUGCACUAACAUUUUCACCAUGGCAAGUGAAGAUGAAGAUCCGUCCGCCGAGGAAUCGCCAUCGGAAUUUUCCGCCAGCGAAGACGAAUGGAAUCCGCUAGUUGAUUCCAGUUCACCGAAGAGUGUGAAGACGAAAUUACAUUCGAAAAGUAAACUAAAUACUGGAAGGCCGAAGCAGUUAUGUAUGAAUGUGAAACCUACUCUGAAGCCCACCAGAAUGUCGAGAAGAAUCGCUACGAGAUUGGGAAAAUCGGUUCCCGAAAAUGAUGAGGUAGUAAAUCUUUCGGAUAACGAGUCUUCAAUGUCUGAUUGUUCAGAGGAAAAUGUGAAAAGGAAAAAGAAAACCCCAGUAAAACGUGGGCGCAAAUCCAAACUGGUAGGGAAGGAGGAACCGAUAAAGUUGACUACUUUUACAGUUGAAGAGCUGUAUCGAAAGUAUCGUCCAGAUUUGGCUGGUCCAUCCAAAAAAUGCAUUACGGAAAAGAAGAAAAAAUCCAAACCUCCAGAGCAUGAUGACAGCAGUGGGGACGAUUAUCUGAUGGACCCAGCGGAGCUUGAUCUAAAUUCUGAAUUUUUCAAUCCAAUUCCGGUGGACGACAAUAAAAAGCAGACGGUUGGAUUUGAUUGCACUGUUGGUUUGGAUUUGGAUGAGUCGGAUGUCGACGAAAAUGCGCCACUCAGUUCGGAGAUUAAUUGGAAGCUAAUUGAACAGAUUAAUCGAGCCGGUUACAAUUCUAUGGGUGUCGUGAAAACGGAGGAAAUACGGAGGAAUUCUACAGAGAAAAGUGAAGAACCUAAUGAAAAAAUUCACUCGACUGAAGAGCAGGAAGUUACGAGUCUUUUGUUGACAGGGGAAAAGAUUGAUUUGCAGGAACGCCAUAAUUUAAUAUCUAUGAUAAAUCGUGGUGGAAGAAAUCAGGAAGAGGUGAUUGAAUUUACAGUAAAAGAUGGUUCUGUGGAGCAGAAAAAAUUGCAAAAGAAGAAAAUUGAUUUACUGACAGCUAUAAAACGUCUCAUGAAUCGGGAAAAGCGUCAGAAUCAAGUCUACUUGCACAAAGUGACCAUCCUUUGUUGGAUUGGUCAUGGCACAUUCCUGAACAGAACACUCGCCGAUCCUCGCUUGGCUCAGGUGAUUGCGAAACGAUUGCUGCCCUCAACAACGAACUGCCGCCCCAAAGGGCUCACAAAUUUAGUCUAUUUCCAGCAGAUUACCCGGUACUUUCGAAAAUGCGUAAAACUAAAAAACAAUCAAUGGUCCUGUUGUUCCGCAAAUCUUCCCGCGUUGUACGCGAUGAUUAAGUUUCAGGUUCUGCAACGGUCGGCGUUUUCAAGGCGGGACUAUGUUUUAUUGUUUCUGUUGAUGCUGCGAUCUUUGAGUAUUCACAGUCGCCUGGUGAUGUCACUGGUUGUUCCUCCGAAGCUCAUCCCCGCCAGUGAACUUUACCGAAUGAACGCUCGGAGUCCCGAGGAGGUGCAGGCAGAUCGGCGUCUGCUGCUUGAAUUUCAAAAAGCACCCAAACACAGCACAAUAUUCAAAGUGAAGGAAAAACUGACCUCGAAGAUUAGGAAUAACACCGCUCAAAAUGGGAAAAAUGCCCGGAAAAGGCGACAUGAACGAUUUAUGGCCACCAUUCCACAACUGGACGGAAGUGACGACAGACUUAAAGCGCAUGCUCCGGAGCCAACUCGGAAAAAACUAAAACUAAUGACGGAAUCGUUUUUGGACAUGGAACAUAACAAACGGCCCGGAUUAGUCAACAAAUCGAAAAAAGAAGAGCCCGGGUUUUCGGAAGAACUGAACGAGGAAGUUCGCCGUCGUAGAGAGAAAAUAUUGGCUGCCUAUCGUGCUUCGAAAGAGCAGAAGGCUAGCAGGGCAGCAUCGGAUGAGGAUCUGUACGGAGAAGGCAGUUCAUCGCGAGCAUCGUUUGGUCAUAGAAAAGCUCGCGGAAACCGUCCCGGAAUAGAUCUGUGGAUUGAAGCAUAUUGUGAACACGAAGAUAAGUGGAUAACAAUCGAUGUGCUUACGGGGAAGGUGCACUGUUUGGAGGAUAUUGUUAACCAAGCCAGUCAACCGAUCACUUACGUGUUGGCAUGGAAUAACGACGGCACAAUCAAGGACGUUUCCCCUCGGUACAUCUCGCGGCUGGGACGGAAAAAGGGUAAACUACGUGUGGAGGAUUCCUGGCUGGAGGUCGCCCUCAGUCGGUACCGUCCUGGCAGAGCAACGAGACGUGAUCGGAGUGAAGAUCUGAAAUUCGAUAAACUACUUAACAAACGACCCUUUCCGGAGCAAAUCGCCGAAUACAAAAACCAUCCUCGGUUUGCGAUCGAGCGACAUUUGCUUCGCGGCGAAGCGAUCUACCCAUCGGACGCAGAGAUUCUAGGUCACAUCAAAGGUGAACCGAUUUAUCCGCGGGAUUGUGUGCAUGUGCUGUUCACGCGCGAAGGUUGGCUGCGGCAAGCAAAAACGGUGAAAAUGCACGAGCAACCGUACAAAGUAGUCAAAGCGAAAGCACGGUACGAUCGUUUCACCGGAACUUCAAUUGGCGGUCUUCAAACGGAACUGUUCGGUGCCUGGCAGGUGGAGGACUACGAGCCACCGGUGGCCGAAAAUGGACUCGUUCCGAGGAGUGCCUACGGCAAUGUGGACCUGUUCAAACCGUGCAUGCUACCGAAGGGAACGGUUCAUUUGCAGCUGCCGGGAUUGAACAAGGUUUGCAAACGGUUGCGGGUCGACUGUGCCCAAGCGAUUGUGGGUUUCGAGUACAAGAGUGGUGCCUGUCAUGCUGUUUACGAUGGUUUUGUUGUCUGCGAAGAGUUUCGUGAUCAGGUAAUCGACGAGUGGUACCAGGAUCAGGUUGAGCUCGAGAGAAAACACGACGAGCGAUACAAGAAGCGCGUGUAUGGCAACUGGAAGCGUUUAGUUAUGGGUUUGUUUAUAAGGAAAAAAUUGAAGGAUAGGUAUAAUUUUGAUAACUUUUAACAUUUAACCGCUUGUACAGUAUGCGUCCUUGUUUAGGCACAAAAAUCAUUUUUAUGUCUGUUUCAUUAGUAUUUAGUAAUAAAUUGAAAUAAAUUGUUUCGUAUUUAUAAAGUUGUAAUAUUUUUGAUAUUUCGUUGAUUAUAAACUGUUCGUAGUUUAAGACUAGGACAGGACCUGACAAUUGUUAAUCCACUUUUAGGACCAAUUUCGGACCAGCUCGUGAUUGGUUGAAAUUGACAUAAGCAAGUACAAGUUGUUGAAAUCAAUAUUACUGCAGGGUGGUAGAAAAAGUGUUGUCAGAAUAUUGAUUAUGUUGGUUGAGAAUAGCACCGAAUCUUUGGAUACUUCUGUAUGUUAUUAUUUUCCUCAAAUAGAAUAUGUUGA